GUCCGCGCGAGUGUGUCUGCGCGUGAGUGUGUGUUGUGCGCGCCGGGUCCAGUGCGUUAGGAGCAGGGCGCGGGCCUCCCCCGGAGCUCCGGGAAGACCAGGCGAGGUUUGGAGGAGGGGGCUGGUUAGGGUGGUGUGUGCGUGUGGCUGUGAAUGUGAGUGUGCGCGCCCGAGCGGCAGAGAAUCAGGAAGUCACAGCAGCGAAGCGCACACAGACAUGUUUGAUCGCCGUGACAUGACGCGCGCGAGGGAGGAAGUGGCGGCGGGGGCCCGGCCGCGGGCCCCCGCGCAGGCCUAGGGCUCCGGCGGGGAAACCCGCUUCGGGUCGCCAGCAGUACCGCCUCGGCUCCUCUUUUUGUUCCGCGUCGCCCAGCCUCAUUGUACCGACUGGCAGAGACAGGAGAAGUAGAUGUCCACGCCCACAGACCCUGGAGCGAUGCCCCACCCAGGGCCUUCCCCAGGACCCGGACCCUCUCCUGGACCAAUUCUUGGACCUAGUCCAGGACCUGGACCAUCCCCAGGUUCCGUCCACAGUAUGAUGGGGCCAAGUCCUGGACCUCCAAGUGUUUCUCAUCCUAUGCCUACAAUGGGAUCUGCCGACUUCCCACAGGAAGGCAUGCAUCAAAUACAUAAGCCCAUUGAUGGCAUGCACGACAAGGGGGUUGUAGAAGACAUCCAUUGUGGAGCCAUGAAGGGCGCCAGUAUGCGGCCACCUCACCCAGGAAUGGGCCCUCCCCAGAGUCCAAUGGAUCAACACAGCCAAGGUUAUAUGUCACCGCACCCAUCUCCGUUGGGAACUGCAGAACAUAUCUCUAGCCCUAUGUCGUCGGGAGGUGGCCCAACCCCGCCCCAGAUGCCACCGAACCAACCGGGGCCCCUUAUCCAGGGCGAUCCGCAGGCGAUGAACCAGCCCAACAGAGGUCCCUCGCCUUUUAGUCCUGUCCAGCUGCAUCAGCUGCGAGCUCAGAUUUUAGCUUACAAAAUGCUGGCCCGGGGCCAGCACCUCCCUGAAACACUGCAGCUUGCAGUCCAGGGGAAAAGGACGUUGCCUGGCAUGCAGCAGCAGCAGCCACCGCCGCAACAGCCACAACCGCAGCCGCAGCCGCCUCAGCAGCCGCAGACCCUUGGUAGCUUCAGCAGACCAUCUGGUAGGUUAAUAUGCAACCAGAUGAGUAAUGUGAUGGUCCAACUUGGAUGAGAAAGACUGCUCACUGCACAGAAGCACGGGGUUGGUAUAAGCCCAGGGCUGACUUAGCCUUUUGUUGUACCUCGCUGGCUCCCUUGCCUGGCUUCACUUAGUUGGCCAAGAUUCUUGGUCUUUUUUGCUACAGAAUUGGGGAGCAGUGCUUCUUAACCUUUGGGGACUCUGGUGCAUGCUACAGGCCUAGGUAAAAAGCAUUAUCCCCCAGGAUUUUGCAUUCCCUUACAGGAAUUUCAAGGCUUGCGGGAAGCCCAUCCACACACCCCGGGUUAAGAACCCCUGCAACCCAGCACAUUCCAGAGCCAAAGCGUGUUCCUUGCAUCGGCUGUCCUCAAGCCAUGCUGUUUGUUGAUUUAUUCAUUUCUACCCCAUUUUGUUGUGAAAAGCAUUUGGGGAGGUUUCCAAGAAACAUACCUGGAGUGAACUAAUUAUCAGGUAGAAAAUCAGAAACAAAGGGAAAUAGAAAUUGAUGUCAGGCUUGUGGGGCCCACCAGAGUUCUUGUGGUUGCCGCGUCUGAGCUUCCAAGAUAACUCAAGUUCCCUGGCAGUCAGGAGAGGAGACAGGGUCAGGUGCCUCACUGUCAUCAUUCAGGAGGACGUUGCUUACCAGUUCACAGAGGACAAAGUACCAUUUUCUAAUAUGCCACUAUCAGGUAGAUUUUUUGUGUGGAAUUAAUUUUUUUUAAAUAUUGCUAUUAUUGUAAGAGGCACUGUAUGAUAUGUGUUCAUAAUAAAUAGAAUAACAGAAUCCACAUGGCCUACUUUUGACAUCAAAUCUGAGGCUGUGACAUUAUGUCAUGGGUGGAGAUGAGACAGUCCUUGUGUGGCCUCCUGGUGGUCUGGCUUGAUCCCACUGAUAGAAAUCAGAGGCGCAGAGGGCUAUAGGAUGACCUUCCAUGGAUGCUGUUUUCUCUGGGAAGGUUAAAGGAUGAAGUUUCAGUCAUUUGGACACAUGUACAUAACAAAUACUUCACAUCCUAACAAACACAAUCCUGUGCAUUUUCUGGAUCAUUUACAGAAGACAGGGCUUCAUUUUUUUUUUUAAACCCAGCUCCAGUGCCUGUAUCUUUCCUCACCAGGCCCCCUGUCAUUUGGGGGAAUUCGUUUUAUUACUCCCUACUCAUGUCUUGUGUCUUUCCAGCAGUCAGACUUCAUUAGAAAUGAAAAUAUUUGGGCAGAUAGCAUUUUAUGACAGAGUGGGGCAAGGAGGCCAUGGAUGAAGGAGGAAAGAAGAUACCUCCUUCAAAUAGAGCAGACCCAUUCCUGCCCCUGGGAAAGAGGCUGCUCCUGACACAUUGCUGAACUUUUCCCCAAAUCUCAGGUUUCACUGGGAGAUGAUAACCUUACUUGACAAAGACGUGUAUUUGGAUUGGCUCUUAGGACAUGUCCAAAUAAGGAAAAAAAAAAUUUUUUUUAAGUUAAUAUUACCUUUUAUUGUUAAAUAAAAGUGUAAUUGCUUAUAACACUUCUUUGCUUAUCCUACCUUUUUUUAAAAUUAAAAGUGUAAUUACUUAUAAAUACCUCUACUAAUAUUUUAGGAAAAAAUAAGUAUAAAUAUGUCCACUUAUCUAGAAAUAGCUGUGAUUUCAUUUUUCUUUUGUCCCAUUUUCUAGUGUUAUUCAUGUGUGAAGAAAAUCUUUUUGGCUGGGGUGGUCUGCUCAAACCUACUUCAAAGUUAUAAAUCACCAAAAUUGACAUCAUCAUAGAUACCACCAGAGAAUUACAGUUUGACUGGAGGAAUUGCACAAUGCACAAAUAACUCCUCAGUCCUUGCAUGCUCUGGACUCCACUCACAUCUAACCUACCAUUUUUUCUUUUCAUUUUGAUUCAGUUUUCCUUUUAGAGACUAAAGCAAAAUUAGAAAUAGGAACUGAAAAAGGUUUGGGGUUUUUGUGGGGGGCUGAAAGGACCUUAUGGUAGAAAGUAAAAGUUUUAUUGUUCAUUUUUUUCAGUGUUUGCCCCUCUCCUGUUUCUCCCUACUUUUUUUUUAAGUAAUCUAAAGUUUCUUGGUAUGUUCAAUUUAAGUGCACUUUAUUAGAUUUAGUUUUUCAACUUGUGGGAGCCACUUAAAUCCUCAUUGAAUGCACAGAAUUGUUAUUUGCAUGAAUAUUUUUGUGUCCUAGAAGGCAAAUUGGGAACUGAAUGCACAGAAAUUCUGUACAUGUAAGAUUUAGGUAUUUUAACGAGUUUAUUUCCCUGUUACUUAAAAUCAAGCCUAGGGGUGCACCUGGUAAAGACCCCCUCCUCCCUUAUCUGCACAGGGAUGCCCCUCAGGAGUGUCAGGACAUACCUCUCCCUUGACUUGGACAGUGAGGACUGAAGGGAAAGCAGAUGCAUUUUGUGCCUCUGACAAUUGUUUACGUCGGAGAGGGAGUAGGAGAUAAGCUAAAGAAUGUAAUUUGUCUUCCAUUUGAAGAUACCAGGGAGAGGUCUUAUCAUUUAGCAGCCCAGGAGUGUCUGUUGUAGAGAUGAUUUCUGUCAAUAGAGAGCAAAUCCAGUUGGGCAACUCAACUCUCUAUAAGCCGCCUGAGGGACAGGCACAAAACCUAAAGGAUAGAGAGUGACAUAUGGGGCAUGUCUAAUGGAGGCAAGCUGCGCUCAGUUCCUCAGCCCUUGAAAAGAGAAGUUUUUACUUAAUCGUCGGCGGGCGUAGAAAAUAGACCCACGCAGUAUAUGAACGUGUGGUGUUUAGUUAGGAAAGGAGUUUGCUUGUGACUCUGAUAGCAGAUUCACAGGAAGCACAUGGCAAGCCAACUUAUCUGAGUAUUUGUGCUGAGUAGUAUUAAAUUGUAGAAACAUUUUGAAGUCUGCUGUAGAAGAGUACUCCCAAAGUUUCCAUCUGAUAACAGCACCGAGUUUCCUGAAAGCUUUUUUUUAUUCUUUUGGAGUCUUUCUGUAAAGCUGAGCAAUUCAAUUAGAGUUCUCUACCUUCUUGUCCUCGGUGGCAGUAAAAACGACAAGAGUUUCGGGUCAUGCUUAUCGUCACAUGUCUCAUUGACUCCUCACUACCACCCUAUGAGGUGGGUGCUGUUCUCACUGCCAUUCUGCAGAUGAGGACCCCGAGGCACAAGAGGUUAAGUAACUUGCUCAGGCUUACACAACCAGCAGUGACAGAGGUGAGGCGAACCUUACCUGUUCUUUUGGUGCAGCGUGCCUUAAAUGUACCUGUUUAAUGCACAGCAACUUGUAGUACUUUUUAAAUUGGAGAUUUGAAUAUGUAAGUCCAUGUUUGGGUCUCUCUCUGCUUCUCAAGUUUAGGCAUCGGCCAGCUAGAUAAGGAUGUCUUUAUAGUUCUCAGUUAAAGAAGGCCAGCCAUGUGUGUAUCGGCUCUAGUUCAGAGCCAUAGGCUAAAAAUGACUAGAUUUGAAACCAGGGGAUCAGACAUGCUCUGGAUGCCCUUUUUUUAUUAUUAUUUUAUUUUUUUUUAUUAUUAAAUGUGGUUUUAAAAAUGGUGACUUAAAUAUACCUCAAGGAGUGAGUCAUCAUAGUCUUCUUCAUAAGUAUUCACAGGCCAUAAUGCUAAAGAAAAAAGCGCCGGGAAUAACUCAAACGGGUAACACUAUUGCACUGUUGUGGCUUUUAUUGAUGAACUAUUUUAACUUUGAAAGGAAGAAAACCA